UAAGCCACACUCUCGCAGCCACACGCGACUCGGCCAGCUCCCGCUCGCUCUCCUAUAAAUUGACGUCUUGAGCGUGAGCGCGUUUCAUAUCUAUUUAGAUACAAACUCGCAAAAUGGCACGUACCAAGCAGACUGCACGUAAGUCUACCGGAGGCAAGGCCCCCCGCAAGCAGUUGGCCACCAAGGCAGCACGUAAGUCUGCCCCUGCUACCGGAGGUGUCAAGAAGCCCCAUCGUUACAGGCCUGGAACCGUUGCCCUCCGUGAGAUCCGUCGUUACCAGAAGAGCACUGAGCUCCUCAUCCGCAAGCUGCCCUUCCAGCGUCUCGUUCGCGAGAUUGCCCAGGACUUCAAGACUGACCUCCGCUUCCAGUCCUCUGCUGUCAUGGCUCUGCAGGAAGCUUCCGAGGCUUACCUGGUCGGCCUCUUUGAGGACACCAACCUGUGCGCUAUCCACGCCAAAAGAGUCACAAUCAUGCCUAAGGACAUCCAACUUGCUCGCCGUAUCCGCGGAGAGCGCGCCUAAGGUUUUGAUUGCAUACCUGCAACACAAAACUAUUAUCCUCGGCCCUUUUCAGGGCCUAAAAUUAAUUCUCAGAGAGAUGAAAUACAGACAAGUCAUAUCAAAUGGUGUACAUGUACACAGACGGCAAUAAUAAUAAUAGUGAUAAGCAUAUGUAAACAAACGGCUAUAUAAUGUUGAUAAGCACAUAUACGUACAAAUGUACACACUGCUACGCACACACAUACACAGCCUCUCUUUCAUAUAAUAAUAUACAUACAUACAUAUAUAUAUUGUAUAUAUAUACACACAUACACUAUC